GUGAAGUGUGAAGCCAUGGCCAUAAUUCAGACAUACAGUCUCAUGAAAUUCAUGGCUUCCCUUCUCAUAAUUGUUUUUGUUUUUUUUCUUAAGGCCCCUUCAAUUGGUGCACAGGGUCCACCUUCACCUGGGUACAGCCCCAGCUCCAGAGUUAGUACCGUGGGGUUUGAUCAAGGAUUCAGAAACUUAUGGGGUCUUCAGCAUCAGAGACUAGACCAAACCCAACUCACAAUUUGGCUUGACAGCAGUUCAGGGAGUGGGUUCAAGUCACUUCAGCUGUAUCGUUCUGGGUAUUUUGGUGCUGCAAUGAAGCUUCAACCUGGUUAUACUGCAGGAGUAAUUACAUCUCUCUACCUUUCGAACAACGAAGAACAUCCAGGAAAUCACGAUGAAAUCGACAUAGAGUUUCUAGGCACAACUCCUGAUAAGCCUUACACUUUGCAGACAAAUGUGUACAUCAGAGGAAGUGGCGAUGCUAAUAUAAUUGGUAGAGAAAUGAAGUUCCAUCUAUGGUUCGAUCCAACACAAGAUUUUCAUAACUAUGCUAUGAUAUGGAACCCCAAUGAAAUCAUAUUUUUUGUGGAUGAUGUGCCAAUCAGGAGGUAUCCAAGAAAAAGUGAUGAUACAUUCCCCAUAAGACCAUUGUGGGUGUAUGGAUCAAUUUGGGAUGCAUCAUCGUGGGCCACAGAGGAAGGAAAAUACAAAGCCGAUUAUACAUACCAACCUUUCAUUGGUAAGUACAAGAAUUUCAAACUAGGUGGUUGCACUGCCGAUGGUUCUGCCUCAUGCCGUCCUCCCUCUGCCUCACCGUCCGGCUUGGUAGGCCUAAGCCAAGAACAACGCUCGGCCAUGGAAUGGGUGCAGAGGAACUACUUGGUGUAUAAUUAUUGCUCGGAUCCUAAGAGAGACCAUGCUCAGACACCAGAGUGUUAAGAUUGUCUUUAAUUUUGCAAGUACGUGUGUAUGUGUGAAAUGCGAUAGAAGUUGAUGCUGAAAUUGUUCUUUUAGUUAUCAGCAGUUUGUAUGUUAGUAGGUGUUGAGAUGGGCCCUGCUUGCCAAGAAUAGGCCCAAAAAAAGUUGUGGACCGUCCAAGCCUACAAGAUUUGGAAGUAUAAAUAUUGUAACGUGAGUGUUAAUAACCAUAUUAUUACAAUCACACUCGAGUUAUUA